AUGUUCAAAGGACCUUUCUUCUGGCCUCGCCACUUGCAAAAACACCCCCAAAAAAAAAUAGCCUUUCCUCACCAUUUUUAUACUCGAAAAUAUUAAUCUUUUCAGCCAAGAGUCCAAGCAGAGCUGCAAACAAAUAUAUAAUUCAAUAAAAAAAAAAACCAAACUUUAGCUGAAUUCAGAUUGCAUUUUUUGUUUUCUGUCAGUAGAUUCUGGCCUUACUUUCAUUCCCUAAAGUCAAAAGCCUAAGUGAAAAAAAGAAUCAAAAGCCUUCCAGCUUUCCUUUGUAACUUUAGCUUCUCCUUUUUGUCAUUGCUUUUGUUUAACAUUCAAUGGAGCAGCACAUUAUGUGGGUGUUUUGGUUCUUUUUACAUUGGUUUUGUUCGGUCCAUUCAGUUUCAGAUGGUGAUAGUCUCCUUUCUCCCAAAGGAGUUAACUAUGAAGUGGCUGCUUUGAUGUCGGUGAAGAGAGAGCUGAGAGAUUAUAAGCAGGUUAUGGAUGGCUGGGAUAUCAACUCGGUUGAUCCUUGUACAUGGAACAUGGUGGCUUGUUCUGCUGAAGGUUUCGUUAUCUCACUAGAAAUGGCCAGCACAGGGUUAUCAGGUCUGCUUUCACCCAGCAUUGGGAAUUUGAGUCACCUAAGGACAAUGUUGUUGCAAAACAAUCAGUUAUCAGGUCCCAUCCCGGAUGAGAUAGGGAAACUCUCGGAGCUUCAAACUCUGGAUCUUUCCGGUAACCACUUUGUUGGAGCAAUUCCAAGUACUUUGGGCUCUCUAACUCAUCUAAGUUAUCUGAGGCUUAGCAAGAACAAUUUAUCUGGACCUAUUCCUAGACACGUUGCGAAUCUCACCGGUCUUUCGUUCUUGGACUUAUCAUAUAAUAAUCUCAGUGGUCCUACUCCGAAAAUACUAGCAAAAGGUUAUAGUAUUACGGGAAACAACUUUCUUUGUGCUUCUUCUGAACAUAUAUGCACAGAUGUUUCGUAUCCAUUAAAUGUGGCAGGCUCAGUUUCGUCUUCUCAAGUCAGUGGAAACCAUCAUUGGCUGCUUUCUGUUGCCAUAGGAAUUGGUUUCGCAUUUGUGGUUUCCGUGAUGCUGCUUGCUUGUUGGGUGCGUUGGUACAGAUCUCGGAUUAUGCUACCCUCAUACGUGCAGCAGGAUUAUGAUUUUGAAAUUGGUCAUCUAAAGAGGUUCUCCUAUCGUGAACUGCAAAUCGCCACCAGCAAUUUUAACUCCAAAAACAUUUUAGGACAAGGAGGAUAUGGAGUUGUCUAUAAAGGGUGUCUUCCAAAUAGGUCAGUGGUUGCAGUUAAAAGGCUUAAAGAUCCUAAUUUCACAGGAGAAGUGCAAUUUCAAACUGAAGUAGAGAUGAUUGGUUUAGCUCUUCACCGUAACCUCUUACGUUUGUAUGGCUUCUGUAUGACACCUGAUGAGAGAUUGCUUGUGUAUCCUUAUAUGCCAAAUGGUAGUGUUGCCGAUCGUUUAAGAGAUGCUUGUCAUGGAAAGCCUGCUUUGAAUUGGAGUAGACGAAUGCAUAUUGCCCUUGGAGCUGCUCGUGGACUUCUAUAUUUACACGAGCAAUGUAAUCCCAAAAUAAUUCACCGGGAUGUAAAAGCUGCAAACAUUUUGCUUGACGAAAGCUUUGAAGCUGUGGUAGGGGAUUUUGGUCUUGCUAAGCUCUUAGAUAAACGGGAUUCCCAUGUUACUACUGCUGUGCGAGGGACUGUAGGACACAUAGCCCCGGAGUAUCUUUCAACCGGACAGUCUUCUGAGAAAACAGAUGUCUUUGGAUUUGGGAUACUACUGUUGGAACUCAUCACUGGACAAAAGACAUUAGAUGCUGGUAAUGGACAGGUUCAAAAGGGAAUGAUUCUUGACUGGGUUAGGACAUUGCACGAGGAGAGGAGACUUGAAGUGCUAGUGGACAGGGAUUUACAAGGAUGCUUCGACACAAUCGAGUUGGAAACAGUAACAGAGUUGGCGCUGCAGUGUACUCGACCACAACCACACCUUCGCCCCAAGAUGUCUGAAGUUUUGAAGGUCCUUGAAGGACUUGUGCAGUCGGGAACAGAAGAACCACAAGGUGGAACAAACCAUUGCGAGACCAGCGCAUAUAGCUUCUCUAGGAAUUACAGUGACGUUCAUGAAGAGUCAUCCUUCAUCAUUGAAGCAAUGGAACUUUCCGGACCUCGGUAAAUAGAAAGCAUAAAAUUUGCCCUUCCCCAUCAGUUUGUAUAUGAUUUUUGCACCUGGGAAUCGAAUGGAAGUCAUGAACCAGUAAGAGUUAGAUUGAGGAACUCUCCUAUAAGUUAGUGAAAAUGUCCCAAAAUUGACUCAGGAUUUUGAGACUUGAGAGUAACCGUGUUAACCAUUUUUAUGUUUUUAUAGCUUUUCAAAUGUAAUUACAAGGAAUGCCUUAGCUUUUGUAGUCUAUGAAAAUAUUUUCUCCAA